AUGAAAGCAAUUCCAAGAAGCUGCCUUCCAAUGGACAAGUUCCAGCAGCUUUUUCCACCUUUGACAUCCCGACUCAUAAUUUUCGACGUUGAAACAACUGGGCUAGAUGCAAGAUAUCACGAAAUUAUAGAAAUUGGGGCAAUUGAAAUAAUUGAAAAUGAAGAAACACGCCGAUUUCACGAAUAUGCCUGCCCAGCAAGGCCAAUUUCUAAGUCAGUUUCAGACGUUCAUGGCCUAACCCUCGAAUCUCUCGAAGGAGAGCAAGACUCUCUCACAAUAGCUGGGCGAUUUAUCGAAUGAAUUGGAGAUACCAAUGAAGCUUAUAUCAUCGGCCAUAACAUAAAAUUCGAUAUCAGCUUCCUUGAAGCCGCUUUAAAAGUGUAUAACCGCAUAAAUAAAGAAAAUUUGCAAAUUCCCAGAAAUACUAUAUGCACGCUAGAAUUAAUAAAAAUUGCGUUUAGAAGAGACUCAAGCUUAGAUCAAGCUUGCAAAAUAUUUGAAAUAAGAGACCUGAAAAAUAGGAAAAAACAUGGAGCUAUGAUAGACGCUGAAUUAACGAUGAAAUUGUAUUUUUGCAUGAGGGAGUGGAAAUUUUUUUCAGAUACUCAAGGGAUUGCAUCAAGAAAAAUUAAAGGAAAAAAAGGAAUGAAAAGUACGGAAAGAGUUCUGCCGUGGGAAAAUGGGGUGAAAAAACAAAAAUGCGAUGUGGUGGAGGUUGUAGAUGAUAGCGAUAUUAAUAUUGUUUAG